GGCCGGUGACGCACCAGGGACGCGGCGGCGGCGGGAGCGGCAGGGUCAGCAUGGGGAAGCAGAAGAAGGCGCGGAAGUACGCGGUCAUGAAGCGCAUGAUCAGCCUCCGGGACGAGCGCCUUAAAGAGAAGGACCGCGUAAAAGCCCCUGUGAAGAAGAAGGAGGACCCGAGUGCCAUCAAAGAGCGGGAGGUGCCCCAGCAUCCCUCUUGCUUGUUCUUCCAAUAUAAUACACAGCUGGGCCCUCCUUACCACAUCCUGGUUGACACUAACUUCAUCAACUUCUCCAUCAAGGCCAAACUGGACCUAGUGCAGUCGAUGAUGGACUGUCUCUAUGCCAAGUGUAUUCCAUGUAUCACAGAUUGUGUAAUGGGUGAAAUUGAAAAGUUAGGACAGAAGUACCGUGUGGCAUUAAGAAUUGCCAAGGACCCUCGCUUUGAACGCUUGCCGUGUAUGCACAAAGGAACCUACGCCGACGACUGCUUGGUGCAGAGGGUCACUCAGCACAAAUGUUACAUUGUGGCCACAGUGGAUAAAGAGCUCAAGCGGAGAAUACGAAAAAUCCCUGGAGUGCCCAUAAUGUAUAUUUCCAGGCACAGGUACAAUAUUGAGAGGAUGCCAGAUGAUUAUGGAGCUCCCCGAUUCUAACCCGUCCAGUCAAGCCAUCAAUGCCCGGACUGUGAGCCAGGACAAGGGUCCUUCUGAUUCUGCCCUCCUCCUUUCUUCUUUUGUUGGAACUCUGCUCAUGUGGAUAACACCAAACCGACUUCUUAAUCUUGUUUUUCUAAGAAAAAGCUAUUUUGAAGAGUCUGGUUUUAUUCAUCCAUCCUGUGCCUUGGUCUGAUUACCUACAGGUGGGAGAAGCAUAUGGGAAACAGAGGGCAGUGGGACCAAGAAUGUGCCUAGCUCUGCAUCAGGACCAUUGGAAAACAUGAUUUCAGCAUUCUGAAUUAAAUAUUGAUGAUGCAACUCUGACUGAGAAUGAAACCAGAA